GGCUCGCGCUGCGGAGUGUUAUUAGCCGCAUGCUAACGCUGGCAAAGAGCCGGCGCGUGCAGCUUUACACAGUUUUAGCCUCAAACAAACAAACAGAAUCGAAAAGCUCCAAAAAGGGCAACACGGAUCCCGGAAGCGGUUUAUAUCCAGGAAAAACACAUUCCUCUGGAAAUGCAUUCGAAGAUGAGUAAAAUAUAAAUAUUUCCAUGGCAACAGCGUCGCCUCUGAUUGGUGGAGUUUCUUCGUGGCAUUCUGGGUAAUGUAGUGCUUCAUGAGGAGUACUGGAAUAAAACGCGUCCGUUUUAAGAAAUGAAGUUGAGAUGAUAUUUAUUCGUAGCCUUGUGUGAUGAAGAUGAGAAUGUAUUUUUCACAAAACGGUCAAAAUGCGGCAUGGGUUAAAGCGAGAAAAUAUUUUAUUUGUAGUCAUGAAGGGAAUGUGUCGUGCUACUUCCGGAAACAGCUGGAUUUGUCAGUGUGGACCGGAAGCGGAGUGGGGUUCUUUUGUGCUGCUGAAGUUGGAAGGUUUUUGAGUGGAGAGCCGUUAAAGAGUCCGUUUAUGAUUGUAAGGAGUUUAUUGUUGUUUGAUGAGAGAAUGAUGCAGGAGGAGGAAGUGCACUAACCUGCAGGAGGAUCAGCAGGAUUAGUGUUCGGAUUAUUUCUAUUAUUUGGUGAUGUUUUUGCCUUCUGCUGUCACUUCAGGCACAUGAGAGGAAAACUCACAGUAUGACCAACAUUGCUGGAGGUGAGACAGCAAAAGCAGGACAUGAGACGGCGAAAGCAGGACGUGAGAAUGUCCUGGAAUGCUACGUGACGUUCUACAGCCGCAUGUGGAGCGAGGGCAGCGUGAAGGUGUGUGAGGACACGCAGCUGAUGGACCAGGCCCGGCAGGUGGUGUUACAGCAGUGUGAAGCAGCUCACAUGUUCACACUCCUGCCAUUUUACCCCACUGUGAUCGACAUCAUCAGCUCUGCCAGCAGCUCCACCAGCGUGUUCCAGCGCCUGAGCAAAGCCUUCGAGGUUCUCGAGCUGUUCUGCGUCAACCUGUUCCUCUUUCCCUGGAAAAAAGAGAUCAAAACACUGAAGAAAUUCACCGGUCAUUUUGUUUACUACAUCAAAGCGGUUCUGCCGCUGCAGACGACUCGGAGCGUUCUCCAGCGCAUCGGCUACGACUCCGAGACCGACACCGAGUACAGACUCUCUGAGAACGCAGACCCAAACUGGGCCAAAGAAAUGGGCUUUGAGCUUUUUCUGGCCCGGAUCGAAUGUGAACAUCUGAGUCAGAUCACGAGCCAGACGUCUCACGCUGAAUGUCUGGAGAUCAUCCAGAACCUCGGUUCUGCUUCGACUCUUCAGGAGGAACCAGAGCUCGAUCACGCUCCAAACGGUGUUCCGGAGGAAGAUGGAGCACACAGAGACGACUUCCUGUUAACCUCAGAACCGAGUUUGAAACCUUUAGAUGUGGAAAUGAGUGAGCGUGAAAGCUCGGAGCGUGGAGCGUUCCUGAGCGAAGAUAAGUCCAUCCUGGAGAUGCAGAAGGAUUAUCCAGACCUCGCCUUCAGACAGAGGCCCAUCUUCAAAAGCUCCUCUGUCAAGGUGAAGCGCUCCGGAGCGAGAGACGUGAAGUUGAGCCGUGAAGCGAGCAGCUGUCGGUCCAUCACCGUACACUCUGAAGCUCCAGAACCUGCUCCAGAACCUCGUUCUUCAGAAGAACAGCAGCUGCGUGUCGGAGCUGCAUCACACAGUCCAGGGUUAAAACACGGUGACGAAGCCUCAGUGAUGGACCUGGCCGAGAAGAUGGACAAGCUCAAGCUGAAGGAGGAGCCUCUGAAGUGUCCAGUGGAGGAGACGGCGCAGUGCGAGAAGAACGAGACGAUCUCGAUCCUCUGCAGCCCCUCGCACGAGUCCAUGUGCAGCAUUGCUGGCUGCGGCAGCUGCAACGCCUCCGAUCGACUCCAGCAGCACCACGGCAUCACUGAGCCGCCGCAGUCCUUCUACAUCCCCAACUGUGUGAGCAGCUCUGCUCCGGUGCCCCCUGCAGAGCACGAGGAGAACAACCAUUCGUGCAGCGGAGUAGGAGCUGAGCCCGUCCUCCACCACGCUGUGAAGAUCUGAGGAACCUCUGUGAAGGCCAUCAGGAGCACAAACAAGCUCUCUUCCUUAAAAUACACAUCAGUGUAGCGCACACACACACACACACACAAUAAAGUCAGUAACUUCAGACCAAUCACAGCUGAUAUGCAAAUUAGCAGGUGAUGGAGAGAAAUGUUUCGCUACAGAAUGUUUUAACUGGUAAAUAAAUCGAGUGAGUUUACUCACAGUUAAAUAACCAGCGCUGCGUUUCCCAAAACACUCAACACACACCCUAACCCUUAACCAGGAGAGAGAGAGAGAGUUCAUUGUGCUGCUCGCUCUACCAUUUAACGAUGAACUUUGUGUUGCGAUGAUUUUGGGAAACUCAGGCCUGCUCGUUAAAUCAGUGACGAGGAUGUUCAGUUGUGAGGCGUGACAGGAUAUGUGAGCGUGUCUAAUUUGCAUAUUUGUGAAUAUUCUUAGCUGCUGGUGUUUUUGAAGAGGAUAAAUAUUCAGCGAUGUUCCUUAUAAUAUAUAAAUUGAUGAAUCAGAAAAUUAAAUGUUACACUUUUUGAUGAUAAUUUUCUUUUUUUUCAUUUUUUUUUUUUACAUUUUAUACAAAUUCAGUCCACUCUGAUGUGUAAUUUAUAACGAUGUAAUGUUCUGUGUUUGUUCUGGGAUAAAUAGCGAUCCUGUGCGA